AUGGGCAAGACAUUCAAACAAGAGCAUCAAUUCUCACAUCCAUGGCACGAGACAGCCAAUGCGGUCUGGAACAAAUACCCAAAUCCGCACGCCGACCACGUAGUGUCCGUCGACGUACUCUCCCAGUCCCUCGAUCCCACCUCCGGCUCUCUACGCACCGAACGAAUCAUCGGCGUACGUCAAGGUGCACCCGGCUGGCUCAAACGCAUCGUCGGGGCGAGCGAAGACACCUACGUUCGAGAAGUGGUCAUGGUCAAUCCGCUCACCCAAUCCUUCGAAAUGUCGAGCACCAACCUCAGCUUGAGCGACUUCAUGCUCGUCAAGGAGUACAUCACCUAUCUGCCUUCCUCCCUGAAUCAGACGAUGUUCAGACAGACGGCUCAGAUCAACUGCACCGACUUCUUCAGCGGGUUGCUGGCGGCAGCCGGUAGGAAGGUAGAGGACUGGUCGUACAACAGGUUCAAUGAUAAUGCGGCAAAAGGAAGGCAAGGCUUGCAGAGCGUGUUGGACUCGCUGUAUCGUGCUUCAGAUAACACAUGA